AGCAGCGAUUGUUUCUCUCAGCCCAAAAAACAGCUAGCAGAAGAGUUCUCCAUUUCCUCUUUCCAAGACCUCCUCCUGUCUCCGCAUGCCAUAUACAGAGGAGUUGAUCGACAGAAUUGGGCAUUGCCGAUAUUCCUGCCAAUCUAAGGACGCCCCACCACAGAUCUGAUGUGAAAUGGCAAUGAAUGAACAGGGUGUCAAACAAGUCCUGGUAAAGCUUGGGGCAAAAGGGUCAGCUCUAUUUGUAGAAGGGGAGGAUCCAAUACAACAACCUAUCAUUUCAGCUUCCAAAGUUCUAGAUACAACUGGAGCUGGUGAUACCUUUACUGCUGCUAUUGCCUUGGCUCUUGUGGAGGGCAAGUCCAAGAGGGAAUCCUUGCAGUUUGCUGCUGCCGCAGCUUCUCUGUGCCUUCAAGUGAAGGGGGCCAUUCCAAGCAUGCCUGACAGGAAAGUAGUUUUGGAGCUUCUUCAAUCUCUUUGAGGGGAUUCCCUUUCUUUGGUAAGUAUUAUCAUGUUAUCCAGAUGGAAGAUAACUGUGUACGUGAAAAAAAUGUAACAAGUGGGAACAUUCAAAAAACUAAUGCAAGGCUAUAACUUUUGUUUUC